AUGGCAGCUGUGAAGGAAGAUCUGAGCUGCUCCAUCUGCCUGGACCCCUGUGAAGACCCGGUGUCACUGCCGUGUGGACACAGAUUCUGCAGAGUGUGUAUUUCGUAUGAGCUGGACACCCAGAAAAGUUCUGAAGUUUAUUUCUGUCCACAAUGUAAGACACAAUUUAUGGAGCGCCCUCCGAUGCUGCAUAAGAAGAGGCGGCUGCAUGCGGUGGAGACAGUCCCUUGUACAUACUGUGAUGAUCCUGCCCCUGCAGAGAAGACGUGUCUACAUUGUGAUGCUUCACUUUGUGCCAAACACCUAACGAAGCACAGUACGGCACCUGAACAUGUUCUGAUAGAGCCUACUGCAACCCCGGAGGAUAGAAAAUGUACCGAGCACCGGCAGCUCCUGAAUCAUUACUGCACAGAGGAUGGCGCCUUCAUCUGUUUGCUCUGCUACGUAGCUGGAGACCACAAGGGGCACGAGGUGGUGUCUCUGAAUAUAAACUCUGCUGAGGAGGGCAAGGGAUACCUAAUUCCAAUUAUAAAGAAUCUGAGAAAGGAAAGAUAUAAAACAGAGGAUCAGAUCCGUAGCCUGCAGGCCCAGGAGGCAGCACAGGGAAGGAAAACAGACGAUUGCAAAAGAAGAGUCGUUUUCCGAAUCCAAACCAUCAAAAAGGACCUUGAGGUGCUUCAGAAGAAGGUCCUGAAUGAGGUCAACACACAGAAAAAAGAGGUUUCAGACUCAAUAUUUGAAUGGAAAAAGAAGCUGGAGAUGCAGAGGCAAGAGUUGUCCAUAAAGAUUGAUCAUGUCGAGAAGCUAUUUAGCAUAAGUGAUUCGUUAACUUUUAUCAAGAAGGUACUGGCAACUGAUUUGGUCGGGAUCUUCAAUGUUGAACAAAUGAGCGGUGAUACGUUCGAUGAAACACCAAUCUCCGAGAUGCUGUACAAGGAACUCUUACAAUUCUCCGAUGGUCUAAAUAAACAGAUCCUAAAGGAUGCCUUUCCAAAGAUGAAGAAAUCAGAGAUCACCCUGGACGUAAAGACUGCUCAUUGUAAGAUUAAUAUAACCGAUGAUCUCAGAUCUGCCAUUUAUACAGAAAAACGUCAGACUAGAGACACUGGAUCAGAGAGGUUCCGAUCCCACCAUGUAUUAAGUGAGUGCAGCUUAUCAUCGGGGAAUCACUACUGGGAGGUGGAGAUGAUGGGAACACAAUGUAGCAUUGGCAUUGCCUAUAAUAACAUGGACAGGAAGUCAACAAAACACGACUCACACAUUGGUUACAAUGAGAGAUCCUGGGGUUUAGAUGUAGAUACCAACCUUAGCGUGUGGCACAACAAUGUUAAAACCCAAAUCUCCACGGAUUCCCCAGUGCGGUCAUUUGGGAUUUUCCUGGAAUAUGAGGUUGGUCGUCUGUCCUUCUACCAAUUGUGUGACCCCAUCAGACACCUUCACACCUUCACCACCACCUUCACCGAUCCCCUCAAUGCUGCCUUCUAUGUAUAUAAGGAUUCCGGAAUCACAAUCCUAAAAUAA